AUGGCGGAGCCAUCGGCCUCCUCCGCGGCCGCCACCGCCGCCGCGGAGCAGACGGACGCGGAGAGGAUGGAUGCCCUGGACCGGAUGCUCAUGCGGCUGGCCCUCGCCGACGACGCGCGCCUCGCGCCGGUGCUCGCCCGCGUCCUCCCCUACGCCGUCACCUCGCUGGCCUCCCCCGCGCCGGCCGUCCGAAAGCUCGUUAUGGAAAUUCUUAGUCACAUUAACAAAAGGGUGAAGCACAGGCCUGAGAUUUCAUUGCCAAUGCUGGAGUUAUGGAAGAUCUAUACUGAAUCUACUUCCGCAACAAUGGUCCGAAACUUUUGUAUCAUAUAUAUUGAGAUGGCGUUUGAACGCCUGCCAACCGAGGCUAUUGGCGAAUGUAACACCCAUAAGGUGGACGAGACUAUUGCGUCAAAAUAUCAAGUAAUAACUGAAACCAAGGAUGGUCUAGUAUUUGCUGAAUUCUGUUUUCACACAUUAUUGUAUCAAGCACCACCUCAAGGGUAUGUAUUCCUUGCUAAAUUAGGUAAAACCAUAGAACACAAUUUGAGCGUCGGACAUUUGACUGCUAUUGAAUUGUACAGUACUGGAUGCCCAGCAGGACUGUCAGUUGCCCAAUCAGAACGUGUCACCGGAAAACAACCCCUAAAAAUCGACGUACUUGCAUCAAGAAAGCUAGGAAUCUUGAAUGUCAUUGAAGCUAUGAACUUCGCACCUGAGAUUGUGUACCCUCUUUAUUUAUCUGCUUCUUCAGAUAGCCAAGAGCCAGUUUCUAAGAAAGGAGAAGAGUUCUUAAAGCGCAAAGCUUCAACAGUAAAUUUAGAAGAUCCCAACCUUAUCAAGAGACUGUUCACACUGUUCAAUGGAAGUGGAACUACUUCAAGGCUGAAGCAGUUAGGAAUGGAGUUCACUGUCUGGGUUUUCAAACAUGCAGUAUCUGACCAGCUAAAGUUAAUCGGUCCGGUUAUACUUAGUGGAAUAUUGCGCUCCCUUGAUGGUUCUUCAACUGCGAAACAGCGUGCUUCAACGAUAGUACUGAAGGAUCUUGAGGCGCUUCUUCUGGAAAACUGUGAAGCGGAGCAAAGUGAGGUUCGCUUUUCUGCUAUAAGAUGGGCAACAACAUUAUACGAUACACGGCACUGUUCAAGCCGGUAUAUUUGCAUGAUUGGGGCUUCAGAUGUUAAACUGGACAUAAGGGAAAUGGCUCUAGCUGGUCUAAAUCUUAUGAAUGAUGGGAGGCAAUCAUCUGCAGGGUCUGGUGAUUUCAGCUAUCCUGAUGUAAAGGAGAUGAUAAAUUAUAUCUGCUGUCAGCGACCUCAGUUGCUGCAUUCUGAUGAGCAGAGAAAUGGAAAAUUACUUUUCCCUUCAAAAACAUUUGUUUCAAUGAUCAAGUUUCUGAUGAAGUGCUUUGAGUCUAGUGAUAGCUCAAAUCUUUUGCAAGAUCCAUCUGAUUCUGCUGUAGCAAAAAUGUGUGUCAUCUUAGAACAUGCCAUGUCAUAUGAAGGGUCUAGCGAACUGCAUGCGCUGGCCUUGAAGUCAUUGGUUGACCUUUCUUCUCUUGGUGUCAUUGCGGUAUGCAGAACGCAUAAAUUGGCUAAGAACUCUUUUUGGGUCAUGUUGAUUCUGAUGCUCGUGAAGCUGCGUCCACGCCUGCUUGGUAUUGCUUCUUCAGCUCUUUCAACCUCUUCUGCACCAAGUCUUCUGUCUGAGCUCACUUCAACACUGAGUCAAAACCGUUCAUCAAGAUUUGAAAAUUACCAUGGAGUUCUGUGUGCGAUCGGGUACCUAACAGCUGGUGCUUUGAAGCAAUCUUAUAUAUCUGAGGAUAUGGUAAAAAAUGUAGUUGAUAUUCUUGUAAAAGUAGUUAUCUCUGAAGGUUCGACAUUAGCAUCUGUUGCAAUGGAAUCUCUUGGUCACAUUGGUCUGCGUUGUGCAUUGCCUUCCAUCAACCAAAACUCUUCUACAGGUACACUAUUAAGCGUUCUCCGUGAGAGGCUGACUAAGCUUCUUUCUGAAAAUGAUACUAAAGCUCAACAGAAAAUUCUUGUAUCAUUGGGGCACAUAUCUUGGAAUGAGAUGUCCUUUCCUCACCUGAAUGAUGCAUUAGACUUGAUUUUUAGCCUUUCACGUUCUAAGGUGGAAGAUGUACUUUUUGCUGCGGGGGAGGCUUUAUCUUUCAUAUGGGGAGAAGUUCCUGUGACAGCAGAUGUGAUACUGGAGACGAACUUUGUUUCCCUUUCCCAGGCCACAAACUAUCUUACCGGUGAUGCAUCUCUAGUCUCGAGUAACUCCUAUGAAAAAAGUGCUUGUGAAGAAGCACACUCAGUUGCACGAGACGAAAUUAUUAAAAAGUUGUUCGAAACACUAAUUUAUAGCAGUAGAAAAGAAGAACGCUGUGCAGGUACUGUCUGGUUGGUCUCACUGACGAUGUACUGUGGCCGACAUAAAAAAAUCCUAGAACUACUUCCGCAAAUCCAGGAAGCCCUUUCACAUCUUCUUGGUGAUCCAAAUGAGCUUACGCAAGAUUUGGCAUCUCAAGGCAUGAGUAUUGUGUAUGAGCUUGGUGAUGCAUCUAUGAAAGAGGAGCUGGUUCAUGCUCUGGUGAACACACUGACUGGCGCUGCAAGAAAGAAAAAAGCCAUUAAGUUGAUGGAGGAUUCCGAGGUCUUUCAAGAAGGCACAAUUGGCAAUAAUCCUACUGGAGGGAAACUUAGCACGUACAAGGAGCUGUGCAGUCUUGCCAAUGAGAUGGGGCAACCUGACCUGAUAUACAAGUUCAUGGAUCUAGCUAAUUAUCAGGCUGCUCUCAAUUCUAAAAGGGGUGCUGCUUUUGGAUUUUCCAAGAUAGCCAAACAAGCUGGCGAGGCACUUCAACCUUAUCUGCAUACCUUAAUUCCUAGGCUUGUCCGUUAUCAACACGACCCCGAUAAAAACAUCCAGGAUUCAAUGGUACACAUCUGGAAGUUAAUUGUUUCAGAUCCGAAAAAAGCAAUAGAUGAACAUUAUGAUGCCAUAGUAGAGGAUCUAUUGGUUCAAUCUGGAUCGAGGCUUUGGCGCUCACGAGAAGCAUCCUGUCUUGCACUUGCAGACAUCAUUCAAGGUCGAAGAUAUAAUCAGGUUUGUAAACAUUUGAGAAAAAUAUGGACAACCACCUUCCGUGCAAUGGAUGACAUAAAGGAAACUGUGCGAACUGCUGGUGACAGUUUGUGCCGAGCUGUAAGCUCAUUGACAAUUAGGCUCUGUGAUAUAUCACUAACUUCUACUUCUGAUGCAAACGAAACAAUGAACAUUGUGCUGCCAUACUUGCUUUCUGAGGGCAUACUCAGUAAAGUUCCAAGUGUUCAAAAAGCUGCUAUUAGUUUGGUCAUGAAGCUUGCUAAGGGUGCUGGUCCUGCCCUUCGUCCUCAUCUGCCGGAACUUGUUAGCUGUAUGCUUGAAUGUUUGUCAAGUCUGGAGGAUCAAAGGUUGAAUUAUGUUGAGAUGCAUGCAGGGAAUGUUGGCAUCAGAACUGAUAAGCUUGAAAGCUUGCGUAUAGCUGUGGCUAAAGAUUCUCCAAUGUGGGAAACUCUUGAUAUCUGUAUAAAAAUUGUUGAUAAGAAUUCACUUGAUCUAUUGGUUCCUCGCUUGGCUCAAAUGGUUAGAUCAGCUGUUGGCUUAAAUACAAGGGUUGGUGUUGCUAGCUUCAUAACCUUGUUGGUGCAGAGGGUCAUGGUUGACAUCAAACCAUUCACAACAAUAUUACUGAAGUUAUUGUAUAGUGCUGUUCUGGAGGAAAGGAGUUCUGCCGCUAAAAAGGCUUUCGCGUCCUCUUGUGCAACUGUUUUGAAAUACGCUAGUCUUCCCCAGGCUCAGAAGCUUAUUGAAGAUACUACCUCUCUGCAUUCAGGUGGGAAAAACGAUCAGUUAUCUGGUGCAAUUCUUAUUAAAGCCUACUUGAGCAAUGCAGCGGAUAUUCUUGGUGGAUAUAAUGCGGUGGUUAUCCCUGUAAUUUUUGUGUCGAGGUUUGAUGAUGAUAAAGACACCAGUGCUUUAUAUGAAGAACUUUGGGAGGAUAUUCCUACUAGUGAAAGAGUAACCCUAACACUAUAUUUACCAGAAAUUGUAUCUCUUUUAUGUGAUGGCAUGUCAUUGUCAUCAUGGGCUGGUAAAAGAAAGUCAGCCAAGGCUAUAAAGAAGCUAUGUGAUAUUCUUGGAGAACCCCUAUCAGCACACUACCAGAAUAUUCUCAAAUCACUUUUGAAAGAAUUGCCAGGUCGAUUCUGGGAGGGAAAAGAUGCUAUUCUGGACGCAUUGGCUUCAUUGUGUUCUUGCUGUCAUGUUGCUAUAACUGCAGAAGACUCCAGCUUGCCAAGUGUUAUACUAAAUGCUGUGUGUGCUGCGUGCAGUAGGAAAUCAAAAUUGUACCGGGAAGCAGCUUUCUUGUGUCUACACAAAGUGAUUGCGGCAUUCAGAGAUCCAGGAUUUUUCAAUAGUGUGUUUCCAAUGUUGUACGAGGUUUCUAACCAAUCUGUCAUUUCGAAGACAAAAGGCUCUGCUGGUGCGGAACUAGAUGAAAGUGAAAGUGCUUCUAUUUCUCUGGAUAAAGUGCUCAAUUGUGCAACAUCUUGCAUCAGUGUCGCUUUUCCACAGGAUAUUAUCAACCAAAAGAAGAAUGUUUUAGAACUAAUAUUGAAUUCUCUCUCACCUGAGGAGAGUUGGCAAGUUAAACUAUCAUCCUUCUUGUGUAUCAAAGAGUUGUGCCUGAAAUUUCACAGUUCUGGUGAUAGUAGCACAUGGCCUCAAGACACAGCUUGCUUGGUUCAGGAGUUAUUUCAUUUGGUAUCACCAAAAUUAGUAGACUCCAUAAGAUUAGUAAAGAUUGCUCAGGUUCACAUUGCUGCAUCGGAGUGCCUUCUUGAUUUGAGCAAACUGUACAGAGACUUCCCAUUGUUGGACAGAACAGAGGCCACGUUCGAGGAUGAACUUACAGAGCUCUGCGAGUCUGAAAAAAGUGAACAAGCAAAGGCAAUUCUGAAGGAAUGCCUGGCCAUUCUUAAAACUCUCCCUGGAGUAACCAUGACGACGGAUUAA